GCGGGGCGCCCGGCAGCGGCGGCGGCGGCAGCGGCGGCCACAGCAGCCUUGGCGGCGGCCGCGGCAGGACUGGCAGCGCCAGCGGCGGGUGAGGGGCUUGCGGCUCGCGGCUUGUGGCGGCGGCGGCGCACGGGCUGCCUCGAGGAAGAAAGAAGCCUGAGACAUCAGCCUAUGAAGACUGAAGACCAUCCUGAAUAGCAAUUAUGAAUGGUGUUGCUGCUAGGCUUGUUCUGCAGAGCAUCUGAAAUGAACCUCUCUUAUUGAUUGUUUUUAUUGGCCCAGAGCCAGGAGUACUGGAUUCAGUUGACUUCACGAUUAAAAGAAAACAGUUUUGGUUACCAUCAUAAACAUAUGAACCAUUGUGAUGGUGAAAUGAGAUGAGGCUCCGAAAUGGAACUGUAGCUACUGUUUUAGCAUUUAUCACUUCGUUCCUUACUUUAUCUUGGUAUACCACGUGGCAAAAUGGGAAAGAAAAACUGAUUGCUUAUCAACGAGAGUUUCUUGCCUUGAAAGAACGUCUUCGUAUAGCUGAACAUAGAAUCUCGCAGCGCUCUUCUGAAUUAAAUGCCAUUGUACAGCAGUUCAAGCGUGUAGGAGCAGAAACAAAUGGAAGUAAGGAUGCAUUAAAUAAGUUUUCAGAUAAUACCCUAAAGCUAUUAAAGGAGUUAACAAGCAAAAAAUCUCUUCAAGUGCCAAGCAUUUAUUAUCAUUUGCCUCAUUUAUUGCAAAAUGAAAGAAGCCUUCAGCCUGCUCUGCAGAUUGGUAAUGGAAGAACAGGAGUGUCAAUAGUAAUGGGAAUUCCCACGGUGAAGAGAGAAGUUAAAUCUUACCUCAUAGAAACUCUUCAUUCCCUUAUUGAUAAUCUGUAUCCUGAAGAGAAGUUGGACUGUGUUAUAGUAGUCUUCAUAGGAGAGACAGAUAGUGAUUAUGUACACAGUGUUGUAGCCAACCUGGAGAAAGAAUUUUCUAAAGAAAUCAGUUCUGGUUUGGUGGAAAUAAUAUCACCUCCUGAAAGCUAUUAUCCUGACCUGACAAACUUAAAGGAGACAUUUGGAGACUCUAAAGAAAGAGUAAGAUGGAGAACAAAGCAAAACCUGGAUUAUUGUUUUCUAAUGAUGUAUGCUCAGGAAAAGGGAAUAUAUUACAUUCAGCUUGAAGAUGAUAUUAUUGUCAAACAGAAUUACUUUAACACUAUAAAAAAUUUUGCACUUCAACUUUCUUCUGAGGAAUGGAUGAUACUAGAAUUCUCCCAGCUGGGCUUCAUUGGUAAAAUGUUUCAAGCACCAGACCUCACUCUGAUUGUGGAAUUCAUAUUUAUGUUCUAUAAGGAGAAACCCAUUGAUUGGCUCUUGGACCAUAUACUCUGGGUGAAAGUCUGCAACCCUGAGAAAGAUGCAAAACAUUGUGAUAGACAGAAAGCCAAUCUACGAAUUCGCUUCAGACCUUCCCUUUUCCAACAUGUUGGUCUGCAUUCUUCUCUAUCAGGAAAAAUUCAGAAACUCACGGAUAAAGAUUACAUGAAACCAUUACUUCUUAAGAUCCAUGUAAACCCACCUGCAGAGAUAUCUACUUCUUUGAAGGUGUACCAAGGACAUACACUGGAGAAAACUUACAUGGGGGAAGAUUUCUUCUGGGCUAUAACCCCAAUAGCCGGAGACUACAUCUUAUUCAAAUUUGAUAAGCCAGUCAAUGUAGAAAGUUAUUUGUUCCAUAGUGGCAAUCAAGAACAUCCAGGAGAUAUUCUCCUAAACACAACUGUGGAAGUUUUGCCUCUUAAGAGUGAAGGUUUGGAAAUAAGCAAAGAAACCAAAGACAAACGAUUAGAAGAUGGUUAUUUCAGAAUAGGAAAAUUUGAGAAUGGUGUUGCUGAAGGAAUGGUGGAUCCCAGUCUAAACCCCAUUUCAGCCUUUCGACUUUCAGUCAUUCAGAAUUCUGCUGUUUGGGCCAUUCUUAACGAGAUUCAUAUUAAAAAAGUCACCAACUGAUCAUCCGCUAAGAAACCAGUUCAUUUUUUUCCUGUGAAUUUGUUAAUUAAAGAUAGUUAAGCAUGUAUCUUUUUUUUUUUUUUUUUACUUGAACACUACCUCUUGUGAAAUCUACUGUAGAUAAGAUGAUUGUCAUUUCCACUUGGAAAGUGAACCUCCCAUGGGUAAUUGCAUUCAUUCGAACCUAAGCUGUCCUCCAAUUUUAACUUGACUCAAACAUUUUACAGUUACGACAGCCUGUUAAUAUGACUUGUACUAUUUUGGUAUUAUACUAAUACAUAAGAGUUGUACAUAUUGUUACAUUCCUUAAAUUUGAGAAAAAUUAAUGUUACAUACAUUUUAUGAAGGGGGUACUUUUGAAGUUCAUUUAUUUUACUAUUAUAGACCCUCUUUUAUAGAUUAUCAGGGAUUAUAUAUAUAUAAAUAUAUAAAUAUACAUAAAAAUGUUAUGGAGUUAAUUUAUUAGAAACAUUUAAGAAGUACAUAUUUUUGUGCAGUAAAUUUUUGAAUCAAUACUUUUUUUGGAAAGUUACCUUGCUUUUUUAAGUUCUUUCUAUAUUUUUCUUUGGAAACGCAAACAUUACAAAUUAAUGCCAUUUUUCAAAUGCACUGCCAUUUAAGAAUGAUUCUAGAUUGAUUUCCUAACUGAAGUACUUUUAUAAUCGCAGUGAUUCUGAACAAAAUAUUUUCAAAGGCAUUUGUCAUUCCUUAAAGCCAAGAUUUUAAAGACCAAUGUCCUUCUUGAGGGUUAUUUUACUAUACUGUUUAUGGUGUAAAAAAUCAGUCUGAUAAAUUUUAAUGUGCAGGGGUCAUGCAUUCAACCCAAAUUAUCAUGGACUGAACUCAUUACAUUCCCUCUGAUAUGUAAGAUGACAGAUCUUUUUUCUCUUUUAAUCUUUGUCUUUACUCCAUGAGUUAGAUGCAUUAUCUCUUGUUGAUCCUUUUGUAUCUGCACCCAUUUUAUGAGUUCUGACAAAAUGUUUUCUAGGUAAUGUUAUUGUAUGAGUCAAAAUCACUUAAUUUUAAAGAAAAAUAAAAUUGUAAUAUUGGUUUUUAGGGAGAGGUAUUGUAGCAGUUGUAUGUUUUUUCCAAAGUGGUUUAUUCUGUUGCGUUAUAAACUUCUAAGUAAAUUUAUAUCUGAAGAGUAUUUAUUACUCUUAAACAUGUAAUUCCAAAUGUUAUUACUACUGUAAACAAAAAUACUAUCAGCCUUAGCAGUCAGUGAUCUUUACAAAAGUACUUUAUUUUUAAAAAGUUAUGAAUUAUCAGCAUCAGUUCCCAACCAGUCUGGUGUGCCUCAGGCAGGGUGCCAGGUGGGUUACAGAUGUGCAGAGACUGAUCCCCCGAACUGGCAGACUAGCCAAUGGCUGAAGCCUCGGGUGGCUGGAGGUUCCACCUGGUUGCCUCUCGCCUAGAGGAGCUUCGUGUGGUUAGCCAGGAUCCUGCAGCAAGAGCUUCCAGACAGCCUCGUUGUCUGUACAGUGUGGCGGGUUAAAGUUGUUGGAAAACACUGAAAGGGUAGUUACUUCCAUUACUCACAUCUGAACCGUCGUUAGUCACUUUUCUUGAUUAAAGAGGUACACUUUGCCAAUAAUCUUUAUGUCAAAGUCUAGUUAAAAAUCUUGACUGGGUUUUUAAAAUUUACUCUUCGUUUUCUUUAAUUUACUUUUUAUUUUGUAUUUCCCUGGCUGGAUCCUUGCAGGCAGAUUUCAUUUUACAAACUAACCUUUUGUUACAAAAUUUUGGCAGCUGCUUCACAUACUAAAUGACUGUUGUGACAACUAAGUGUCCGGGGGGAAAUUCUGGAGGUGGGUUGAGACGUCCUCGUGUUUCCCUGCUUCCACAGUAGCCCACUCUGAUUUUAGAGAGAAAGCCGUGCUCUGAAAAUCUAAGUAGGUGACAGUUAUCACAGCUUGUCACCAUUUGGUAGGGCGUCUGUCUUUAGACUGACGAGCCUUCCUAGCCAGCAUUUCCCUGUUUCAUGCUCAGUCUCCUCUCCCAGGCUUAGCUCAUCGCCCACCCCCACCCCCCGCCGUCCCCAUUCCCAAGAAUAGUUUGAACCAAAUCUUACCCACCGUUCAGAAACUGUCUUGUGUGUUCCUCCCCAUGAAUUGUUUCCAGUGCCUAGUAGCGCCUGGGACAGUGCCUGGCACGUGGGAGGUGCCCAGUCCGGGUCACCCACACUCCUCUUUCUUUUUAACUCCCUUUACCCACGUUCCUUGCCACCCUCUUACACACUCGGCUGUCGAGUUUCUGAUUGUUCACAGGGCAUGUGUUUGUGUGUGUACGUGUGUGCGCACACAUUCUCCAGCUGACCAGGCUUCAAGCUCCUGGGAACAAGUCUGUGACUCAUCCUUUGUGUCUGUCCUCUGAUGCAGCAGGUGCUCGGAUCGUCUCAUUGUUAGUCUCUCCCUUCCCCCACUUCCUCCCUAGAAGGUUAGAAACAGCCAUGCUUUCCUCAAGCAAGACAUCAUAGUGGUAGCCCUGAAGAGUAGUUGGGACAGAGCCUUCGAGGAGGUGAAGAGUACCUGAGACUGAGGGAAGGAGGUGCUUAGCCUUGAGAGGACACGGAGCCACUUUUAUGAGAACAGUGAGUGGGGAAUGCGUCCAGUGGUGGGACUAAUUAUUAACAUAGAGAAAUCAAACAUGGUUUGCAUCUGGUGUGUAAACAUAAACACAUCAACUGUUAAGACUCUAGAGCUGUGCUGUCCGGUAUACAGUCAUAUACAGGCAUGUGGUAGCUAUUUAAAUUUAAAUUAAUAAAACCUCAGCUCCUCAGUCACACUAGCUACAGUUCAAUGCUUGUUAGACACACGUGGCUAGUGGCCCCUGCAAUGGACAGCACAGACCUAGAGCCUUCCCUCAUUGCAGAAAGUUCUGUUGGAUAGCGCCAUGUCAGGAGUGCUAUUAUGAACGCUUCAGAAACCAGAGUAAACCAUGUCUGCUAAAAGCAGACAUGCAGAAUAUGUCACAGUGCAGAUGAUGGGUAUGGUAGGUGAGAAGGUCGAGGACUGUUCCUAGGAUUCUAAGAUCUAAGAUUUCGCAGUUCUCGAAGUCUCCCGCGUUCUGUACGGCACACACAGUGCUGCACUGUGUAGUCAAAAAACGGUGGUUUCAGGCAGUGGGAUUGAAAAGCUUUGGAAAAAGUGAAUGCAUAUGGAUUAUUUAGCAGCCAGUCUGUAGACACGUACGUGUAUAUUAAUUCAACCACCGGAAAGGUCUUCAAAAAAGGUAUGGCUUCUCAGAUUAGUAGUUGUACCAGCAAGGGAUUAGAAGAUGUCAUUAUUUUUAAAAAGCUUCAGCAGUAUUCUGAAGGCUUCUUUUAAAUCUGUCAUCGUAAUGAAAAGGUUGUCUCCUAACAGUACUGUCCUCAAAGACAAGUUUAGUUAUGUGGAAACAGCAUGUUGGGAGCGAUUGGUAAUAGCCGUGUGUAUGUGUAGUAGCCAGAAGUCUGCAUGUGACCCUCAGGUACCUAUAGGAGAUUCUCCCCCUUUGUGUGUGGGUGGAACCCAUGAAUACCAUCCAUAACUAUGUUAUACAGCAAAAGGGAGAUUAUCUGGGGACAGCUUACCUAAUCAUGUGAGCCCCUUAAAAGCAGUGUUUUCUCAGGCUGGUAGCAGAAGUCAGAGAUUGACAGCAAGAGAACUCAAGGCACACGAGAAGAAAUGCAGAUGCCCGGAAGGAGCUGACAGAGGCCUCAGCCAACAGCCCAGGGAGUGGGUACUCCAGCUCUACAGCCACAGGAACUCAGUUAAUCAACAACCUGAAUGAGCCUGCAACUACAAUCCCCUCCAGCAGAGGAGAACCCGGCCCACCACCACCUUGAUUCCAGCCUUGUGAGAUCCACUGCCGAGAACGCCAAUCAAGCCCACCCUGACUUCUGGCCUGCAGACUGUGAGAUAAUAAAUAGGUAUGGUCUUCAGCUUCUGAAUUCGUGAUUUGUUACACAGUAGAAAAUGAAUAUAAUAUUGAAAAGAGAUGACAAGUCUUCACACGUGAUUGCCUGUAGUUAAGUUGGAUAUUUCUCGGUAACCACAGGGGUCAAGUCUUACACUAGCAAACUUUUACCUGGGCAUCCUUUGGAGUUUCUCUCCCAGAGAAUCUCAAGUAGUCCUGACUGGAAGUUAGUCGCCAAAAACAUCUUAGCAGUGUAUCUUAGCAGUGUUUUGUAAAGAAACUGCUAGAAUGGUAUUGUGCUCGUACUAGAACCAGGACCCAGUGUAUAUAGAAUCUUUUUCCUGGAAGAGGUGUUAUUUUGUGCUGGUUUAGUCUGCUCUGAUCCUGUCAGUAUACUAUUUAAGAAUGAUGAACAGUAGUAUUUUAAAUAUUAGGAGAGAGAAAAAACUUCUGCCUUUAUAUAAGAGAUCAGAUAAUCUACUCCGUACUGAAGAACUUAAUUUUUUUUAAACCCACUUGUUUAUUGUCUGAGCACAGAUCAAAUUCUGUAGGUGUCAACCAAAUUUUUAUACUUUGCAAAUAUUUUCCAAAAUACCUCUCUGCUUCCAAGCCAUUAAUUGCUGGUGAAGCUUGUUUUCAUUUUGUACAUUAAUUUUUGUGCUUAUUUUUACUAUAUUGCCAUACCCUUAAUAGAAGAAAAGCAGAGCUAAAGGGAAGAAAAUGAGAUGCUGAGACUGUCAGAAGGUGAGAAAUUGGAGUCAUAAUCAUCUUAAGUGUUCUAAGGGAACUCAAAUAGCCCAGCUCUUUCUUUUAUAGAAAAAGAAACUUUUCCAAGCUAUGUAGCAUUACUUACAGUGUGUGAAAUUUAGUUUGAUAGCUGUACAAUUUUAAUAAUCUUGAUAUAUGCCAUGAUAACUAGUAUGCUUAGUUUACUUCUUUAAUGCAUGUGAACAUAACAAUGCUGAAAGACUACUACCACAGUAUUAAAAAAAAAAGGAUGUUAUAUAUAUCCCUGUCAUCAGUACCUAUAUAUAAACUCUUCUUGCCUAAAACACUCCACCUUUUUGGGCACUAACUAGAUCAUUUUCAAGGAAACAAAAAGGAAAGAGCUGGCACUCCCGCGCGUGUGUGUGCGCGUGCGUGUUGAGAAUUUAAAAGACAUUGUUUAGGAAAAUAAGCUGGGAAUUGAAUGGAAAGCACUGUGUGCAAAGUAUCCUUCCCAGUGUUGUUCACAUUGCAGUAAAAAUGUUAAUAGUGGUGCUAAACUUGUUCUCCAAAUAAGCAUUGUUGUGGGGAAUUUUUAAUGGUAUCUUGGACAUUAGGAAGGCUACUUUAUAGAUCUCUUGCUCCUCGUUUUCUGAUUAGUAAUUAGCAAAUCCCCCUGGAGUAAAAGGUUUGGUAUUUUAGUUUGAUUAGCAUUCCAUUUGAAAUGUUCAGUGUUUGCUGGAAAUUGGGUGAAAAUACCUUUUGAAGACACAUUCUUUGAGCCUUAAAAAUGGCUGAUACCGACAGUACUGUAAGAUGCACUGCCAGCAGAUUUGAUACUUUUCAUUUCAGUACAGUGAUGUUUUCUAAGAAAGAUUUAGAAAUCAGUUGAUUAAACAUAACAAUUAUGUUUCAUUUAUGGAAUGAAAAACUAAUGUGUUUCUGAGAACGCCAGUAAGGUUAUGGCUGUUUCUGGAAGCACCUGUUAGAGAAGGUGCCUGAGGAAUUGCUUUUCCAGGUUGUACCAGAUUUUUGUUUUCUCCUUUAAUGUACAUAUUUUCCUUAAAAUGUUUUCAUUAGGUGAAUGGGUAAUAUCUGUAGUAAUAUUUUAGGUACCUGUUAGAUUUUUCAAGGAAGAUUAUUUAUUUUCAAAUUUGCUGCUAUAAUUGAAAACCUAAUAACUGGUCCUGUUGACUGUGCCUUUCAUCACUGUUUCUCUGUGCCACGACCGUUCAUGUGUAUUUGAAAUAAAGAAGUUUAAGAAGAA